AUGGGAAAAUUCACCCUAUUGAGUGAACGCACGAAUGGUGAACCAUCUUCAAGUGCAAGCCUCCAAGAUGAAUUGGAGCUUCUGGAAGAUUGCCCCAAAGAAAUACAGAGCAGUAAAGCACAUGAUACGACCACGGCUCCCCUUAUUAUGAGGGACGCGUAUAUUGCUGGUCUCAAAAAUAAUGGUGCUACACAAUACGGCGUAUUAGGCAAGACCCUCACCGUUCGCGGACCUCGCGCUGAAGAUUCAUUUGAAGACGACAGAUUAUAUGUCAAUACGAAUGCUCCCUUUUCUGCCAUCGUAUGUGGCGUACAGGGAUCCGGAAAGUCACAUACGGUGUCCGUACUUCUGGAAAAUAUGUUCAUUUCUGGCGUGGGCGCCAUUGGGACGUUGCAGAAGCCACUAUCCGGCCUCAUUCUUCAUUACGGAGAAGGCGGCUCAAGUGGGCGGCCGUGCGAAGUGGCUUGGCUCGCAGUAUCCCGAUUCAAGGCCGUCCACCCUCCGCCUGUCAAAGUCUAUGUCUCUUCAUCGUCGCUGAAUACCAUGCGAAAAAUAUACGCACCGCUCGGGAGUCAUAUUCAGGUAGAGCCUCUAUGUUUCACGGAAACGGAACUCGACGCCGCGGCUUUUUUGUCCAUGAUGGCGGUGGGCAGCUCGGAAUCCGCCCCCCUCUACAUCCAAAUUCUACUCUCGAUCCUCCGCGAUCUGGGAGAGAACUUCACCUAUUCCGCAUUUCAGACUGAGCUCGACUCACGAAAACGCACGUUCAACCCAGCGCAGGUUGCUGGAUUAGAACAGAGGAUGUCCUUGCUCAAGGCGUUCAUGUUUGAUAAGAAGAAAAAACAUCCCAAACAGACAUCUCGAUUUGCGCCAGGACAAAUAACCAUCAUCGACCUCUCGGACCCUUUCACGGAUUCUGCAUCGGCUUGUGGUCUUUUCGAAAUCAUAGUACGGCUAUUCACACGAGCAGAGGUCGGCACGGGUAAGGUUCUGGUGGUCGACGAGGCUCACAAAUACCUCACGCCGGGCGCUACGUCGGGCCUAACUCAGUCACUGUUGCGGCUUGUCCUCACUCAUGAUCAAUCGCUUGCAGAGCCAACGGCUAUCCCUCCCGUUCUCCUCGACUUGUGUAUGAUCUCCAUCAUGCACCGAUUCUCUUCCCCUGCAUGGUGGGAUCAUCUCGUCAAGCACGUCUCGGCUGAUUUCUCUGGCCGCGAGGCUUUCGAUAAAGUCGUCACCCUUGGGACUGGCGAGGCUCUCAUUAUAGCUCCGUCUGCUCUUGGGUGCUUCAAAGAGAGAGGCUGGUCCGACGAGAGCACGGUGAGUCGUCUGGGACGCCGGUAUAUGAUCAUGAAGACGCGGGCACGGGUAACUGCAGAUGGAGGGGCCUCCUUGCUGGUCAUAUAG